AUGGAAAGCUCACCGAUGCGAACGCGGCGCCCGUUCAGCUGCAAGGAACCAGGAUGUGAUCGGUCGUUUAUCCGCCAAGAGCAUCUCCAACGCCAUCGUCUCAAUCGUAAGGACUCUCAACUUAUGACAUUCAUGGAAGUUUAUGCCAUGAUUGACUCAUGCUGGUUUAUAGACCAACCCGCAGAGAUAUUCUCUUGCGACCUCUGUCCCAAAUCAUUUGUCCGGCAGGAUCUAUAUCGCCGACAUAAAUUGCGCCACGCUAAGGGCAUGUUUUUCAGAAACACAGGAGGCAUCGUUUUUUCCUCUUCUUCCGCCGGAAUAGCUUCAUCUGAGGACCGUGCCGGCCUACCACAGUUGGUUCAGAGGCCUCAGGUUCGUGUGAUGCAGACGCAGAAUGCUUCGGGGAUCAUCCCCGAUGAGCCACUUGAUUUAGAAAAAGAGAUCACAUUUCCGACCAAGGAUAAUGAAUUGAAUUCAUUCUGGACGGGGAUUGAUCAGGUUCCUAGCCUUCAAGAUGGUCUAGAUUGGUUCUUUGAGCCUAUGGAGGGUAACAGUGACCUAGUCAACUCUCCCCUACCGCCACAAUUCGAGCCUGAUGUAUCUAUUCAGAUUCAGCUCCCUACGCUCCAUGAUUCAGACAGCCGAAGUAGGGGCAAAAUUGCGGAUGAAGAAGAAGUCGAUAUUUUCGUGGAUAUGAAUGCCGGCACGCACCAAGACAACGACUGGGCUUUUGCGCGAUCCAAUAUGCUUGACUCAGUCAGCCAGCUAGAUAUGCAAGUCUUUCAAUCGCCAUUUUUUGAGAUUGACAACUUGAAAUUCUUUCUCAGUCUCUAUUUCAAGCACUACCACCCCCAUUUUCCAAUUGUUCACCAGGCAACAUUCUCAGUUUUGGCUUGUCACCCGCUCCUUCUUAUUGCAAUUCUGGAUCUAGGCUCGGCAAUGGCAGUAGAUGAGAUGCUUUUCCAUAUGGGACAGCAGGUGCAUAAUAUCUUGCGACUGACGAUACUCAAUAGCGGGAUUUUUGAGCCACCGAUCCCUCUCUGGUGCCUUCAAGCCCUCCUUCUGGUGCAAGCUUAUGGGAAGAUGAUCUCGUCGCGGAAGAAUUAUGAAAUGGCACAUAUAUUCCAUGGGACAAUCCUCACUAUGAUGAUAAGAGGAAGUUUUUACCUCGCAGCUUCCACUUCCCAUCCAUCUGACCCCAAUGAGCCCCCGCAAGAGAGUUGGCGCCGCUGGAUAGGCGAAGAAUCUUGGCGUCGAACCGCGUUCUUCGCUUUUGUCAUGGACGCCCAGCAUGCCUGCGUAUUCGGACACUCUCCCGUGCUCUCCGUGGUCGAUAUGCGAAUCUCCCUUCCCUGCCUUGAAUCGAUAUGGGAGUGCACCUCUGCAGAGACGUGGCAAGGACUGACUCGACCUGAAAUGACUGCGUCGCUCUUUUUGCCGACUCUCAAGUCCCUGCUCCGUGAGAAUGUAGUUCCACCGCAUUGUAGCGAGUAUGCACGGUUCGUGCUCUUACACGGGCUGAUGAGCCUCCAAACCCACCUUCAGGCCGGUUCACGUCUAACACUUGGAAUUGAAGUGGGCAGACUCCAUGCGUAUGGGAGGGCUGAUAAUUCAUCUCACCAGCCCGACUGCCCGGGCAGUAGCAGUACCAGCACACCCAUUUGGGCAAAUACCAUCGAAGCCGCCCUUGACACCUGGUCUACAUCCCUCUUCUCACUCGAACCGUCACUGUGCCUCGAAGCAGCCCGUCCCUUACAUCGUGUGGCACAGAUUACUCUGCACGUCAGUGUCCUCGAUCUUCAUGCUCUCGCCAUGGAUCCCCAUUUUCCCUUUCCUUCUCCACAGUCAAAUUCCGAUUCCGGGAUCUCCUCUGCCAACACCAAUACGACCAAGACGCUGGCACGCCUGCAGCGCUGGGUUCACACCGAAGCCGCUCGUAGCGCUUGUCGGUACGCGCUUUUGCUAGUGCAAGAAACCAUGUUCAGCGGGAAGCGCUACUUAGCCCGCGAAGACAAUGUCGCACCGCGACCCUGGUGCUUGUAUAUUGCAGUGUUGACACUCUGGGUCUACGGCCAGGUUACAGAAGGCCCUGUCUUGGGUGGAGAAUCCGCUUCCGGAGCCGAGGAAUACAUGAUUCGGAUGACAAGAGCAAUACAGCACGCUGAUUCCUCGAACCCGAUCAUUAGAGGCGCGAACCAGAUCUCUGGCUUAAUCCGGGCUGUGAGGGAUGCAUUGAUGGGAUGUCGAUGGGAAUUAUUGCAAGAGGCUCAUUUUGUGCUCCGGCGUCUAGGAGGUGAGGCUGUGCUUGACACCGGGGGUGAUAGAAAGACCUUAAUCUAG